CCGUCUUUACUUCAGCAGCCACUUUCCAAACUCACAGGUGUCUCUGGUCCCAUUCCUUUCCGUUCAUUGGGUUUCCAAUGAGAUUGUCAGGUAGAUGAUGUAGUUGCAUGGGUUGGCAUGACCUCUAUCUAAAAUCGUGGGACAUGCCACAUGGUGUGGGUCACUGCCUGCUGGUGGAGGUGACAGUAGCCACAGCAUUGGGUUUAAUCUCUCAUUCCCACUGCCACAGGUGUAAAUGAAUGCUCACUCUCAGGUGUCGCUGGCUCAGCUGCCCCAAGGCUCAGUGCCCAGGUGAUCCCCCACAUCAUUUCAGAGUUGCUUUUCUCCUGCACUAAGGAGCCUAGAGGAAAACCUGACCCCGACUUGAGCUCAAUUUUUUCCUUUGGAAACAAGUCAUUUGCCCAGGUCGGUUUUAUGGGGUGUUCGGUCCCAGUCGCCUCAUGGAGGGCAGUGUGGAUGGGGUAUUUGUUCGGGCUGCUUCACGUUUCCUGAAGACUUGAAUGUAUACGUGUAAAGCGACGGUGGGCUGCUGUACGAAUCCUCGCGACAGGCCAGCACUUUGCGAUUUGGCGAACCCUUUGGCGGGAAGGGGGUGGGGGUGUUUAGCGGGUCCCAGUCACCUUGAAUCGCGCCCGGGAUCGGUGCCCUGCUUUGGUGCCGCACGAUCUAGGUGGGCUGAGCUCCCCCCGCUCCCAUGGCAACUCGAUAGAUCCACUCUCUUGUCUGCUCGCUCGCGGUGUCUCGCUAGGACCAGGAGCAGAGGCUCCGUGAUGUCAGCGGGCUGCUGCACAGGAUCGUUCGCGGGAUCCAUGCCUGCCUCUCUCCGUCGUCCGACCGUGAUGACCUCUCGUACUCCCACUAAUCAUGCGCCCUGCAUCCCGGUGAGUGAGUGCGGAGGAACGACGCGGCGCUCGCUCGUCGCUCGGGAUGUCUAAUUAGGCGGCUCUGCGACGCGAUCGGGAUUCUCUGCUCGGCUGGCUGCGCGCCGCCGUCAUGGACAGGCUGCCUCCCUCCAUGCGCAAGCGGCUCUACAGCCUACCGCAGCACACGGGACACAAGGCUGCGAUCAUGGACGAGGAGGAAGACAGCGACAAGGACAUUCGCAGGAAGAGCAGCAUCAGGAUGAAGCCGCUACCUUCACCGGCGGCCUCGGCCGGCGCAGAGAGCAAAGGAGGCGGAGAGGCGCUCAUCAUGGAGACGGACCUGGGGCGCCCCGCCAAGAGCAGCUCCAACGGGGACUGUCGCAGGUUCAAGGGGAGCCUGUCGUCCAUCGCCAGCCGCCACUUGCACGAGUCCAGCGUGCCGGAGGAGAAGAGGCUCAUCACCGAGGGCGACGUGACCCCCAGUGAGGAGAACGCCCCGACUGGCCCCCUGGAUGGCGGCGCGGAUUCGGGGGCACCAGGGGCGCCCGGCGGCUCACCGGGUGAUGCGUUCAGCGACCCCAGCCUAGCGGACGACCAGGCCGGCUUCAUGCACAGGCAGUUCGGGGCUAUGCUGCAGCCCGGGGUGAACAAGUUCUCCCUGCGGAUGUUCGGGAGUCAGAAGGCGGUGGAGCGGGAGCAGGAGCGGGUCAAGUCGGCUGGCUUCUGGAUCAUCCACCCAUACAGCGACUUCAGGUUCUACUGGGACCUGACCAUGCUGCUCCUGAUGGUGGGGAACCUGAUCAUCAUCCCCGUCGGUAUUACCUUCUUCAAGGAUGAGCACACGCCUCCCUGGAUCGUCUUCAACGUGGUGUCCGACACCUUCUUCCUCAUCGACCUGGUGCUCAACUUUCGCACUGGCAUCGUGGUGGAGGACAACACGGAGAUCAUCCUGGACCCCCAGCGCAUUAAGAUGAAGUACCUGCGCAGCUGGUUUGUGGUGGACUUCAUCUCCUCCAUCCCCGUGGACUACAUCUUCCUCAUCGUGGAAACGCGCAUUGACUCGGACUUUUAUAAGACUGCUCGUGCCCUGCGGAUCGUGCGCUUCACCAAGAUCCUAAGCCUGCUGCGCCUCCUGCGGCUAUCCCGGCUCAUCCGCUACAUUCACCAGUGGGAAGAGAUCUUCCACAUGACGUACGACCUAGCUAGCGCUGUGGUGCGCAUCGUGAACCUCAUCGGGAUGAUGCUGCUGCUGUGCCACUGGGAUGGCUGCCUGCAGUUCCUGGUCCCCAUGCUGCAGGACUUCCCUGAGGACUGCUGGGUUUCACAGAACAAAAUGGUGAACGACACGUGGGGCCAGCAGUACUCGUAUGCCCUCUUCAAGGCCAUGAGUCACAUGCUGUGCAUCGGCUAUGGCCAGCAAGCGCCCAUUGGCAUGACGGAUGUGUGGCUGACCAUGCUGAGCAUGAUUGUGGGUGCCACCUGCUAUGCCAUGUUCAUCGGCCACGCCACAGCUCUCAUCCAGUCGCUGGAUUCGUCACGACGUCAGUACCAAGAGAAGUACAAGCAGGUGGAGCAGUACAUGUCCUUCCACAAACUGCCCGCUGACAUGCGCCAGCGCAUUCAUGACUACUAUGAGCACCGAUACCAGGGCAAGAUGUUUGAUGAGGAGAGCAUCCUGGGAGAGCUGAGUGAGCCGCUGCGUGAGGAGAUCAUCAACUUUAACUGCCGUAAGCUUGUGGCAUCAAUGCCACUAUUUGCCAAUGCUGACCCCAACUUUGUGACCUCCAUGCUGACCAAGCUGCGCUUCGAGGUGUUCCAGCCAGGCGAUUAUAUCAUCCGGGAGGGCACCAUCGGCAAGAAAAUGUACUUCAUCCAGCAUGGCAUUGUCAGCGUGCUCACCAGAGGGAACAAGGAGACCAAGCUGUCAGAUGGCUCCUACUUUGGGGAGAUCUGCCUGCUGACCCGUGGACGGCGGACGGCCAGCGUUCGGGCCGACACCUACUGCCGCCUGUACUCGUUGUCUGUGGACAACUUCAACGAGGUCCUGGAGGAGUAUCCCAUGAUGAGGCGGGCCUUCGAGACUGUGGCGCUGGACCGGCUGGACCGAAUAGGCAAGAAGAACUCCAUCCUUCUGCACAAGGUCCAGCACGACCUGAACUCGGGUGUCUUCAACUACCAAGAAAAUGAGAUCAUCCAGCAAAUUGUGCAGCAUGACCGAGAAAUGGCCCACUGCGCCCAUCACCUGCAGAACGCUGCCCCACCCAGCUCCAGCUCCACGCCCGUCAUCUGGACUCCUCUGAUUCAGGCUCCACUCCAGGCUGCGGCGGCCACCACAUCAGUGGCCAUCGCGCUGACCCAUCACCCUCGCUUCCCCGGCGCACUCUUUCGGCCACCAGUCUCGGUGCUGGGCUCUCUCGGCAAGCAGCCACCCACGACGCCCCGGCAGCUCAAGAGGUUUCAUUCCUUUGUCCCGUCUGCCCGUCCCUCGCCGUCCAGUACGCCGUCCCAGUUCCAGACCCCGGGCCUGGACACCCCAACGCUGGCCUCCUUCCAGGCACAUCAGCCCCCAGGGACUUCAGCCUCGGCGAGCCUGAGCCAAUUGCACCGUGCCUCCAUGAACUCGCCCCAAGGCCCCAGUGCCGCCUCCAUCUUCACCUUCGGCCAGCUCCAGCAGUCUUCGUCCGCCUCGUCUUCCUCCAGUGUGGCCCAGUUUCAGCAUCAUAAGCAGCGCGAUUUGAGCGGCGUCUCCCCGGCGGGACCCGGCUUCUUUCAGCAGGACGCGUGUGCUUCGCCUACAGCCUCCCUGCUCAGUCAGCUGCAGGCCUCACCCCGGCCGCCCCAAGGCUUUGUGGCGAACGGCAGGACUUCCAGCGGCCUCAAUCUCUUCCAGACUCCUCCGUCCGGCACUCCUUCUGGCCUGGGCUCUCCAUCCUCGGUGCAGGCACGUGGCUUGGCGGGAGCACCCUUGGGCUCGGCGUCUCAGCUUCACCCGGUGGGCCCCGGUUCUGCCGGGGCCUCCCCCAGCUACUCGCCUCUUGCCCCGAGCCCCUCGGUGCUCAGCAGGACUUUCCAGGCCAGCGGUGUGCCGAGCGAGUCGGGCUCCCAGAGUAGUCUGCUCCUCCCACAGACUUGUAGCCACGCGGCGGUGGUGGCCCAGCCGCUGUCCCAAGACAUAAAGCUCAUGUCCGCCUCCCAGCCCACACUUCCCCAGGAGAUGACUCGUGGCGCCGGUCGGGGGCCCCAGCACUCGUCCCGGGAGUCCGUCAUCAGCUUUGGCGCCUCAGCGAGACCCUGCAGCUCUGUGCCCGGCCGAAUGACUCUCCCCAGGCAGAUGUCGUCAGGGUCUAUACCUCAGACACCAAAUGUGGGGACCACCCUACCCCUGACUUUCCUGCCCCCCAAGAGCUCUGCGGCGUUCCCGGCUGAACUCGAGCCCGUGCGCUCCAAGCUGCCCUCCAACUUGUGAUGCCACUGUGUCUUUGUUCAAUUCUGCAAGAUAACUGUGAUGCCUGGGUUGUGCUCUUCAUUUGCACCCGUAGCCCCUCACUUUUUUAUAGCUGCUUGUGUUGGGGGGUGGGGGGGGUGGGGGUCUGACUGCCCAAAGAAGCCCAAAGCCUUUCCAGAUGCCCGUCUUCCCCCAUUGGCCUCCCUGCAGGAAUUAAGGAAGGGGGUGGUUGAGACUUGGCUGGUAACUCAACGCCAGCAAGACAGCGCCACCUAAAGGGCGGCAUCAGUGGUAGGUUCCGCUGGCCAGAGCUAUGAGCCAGUCAUCUAUUCUGUAAGCUAAGACUCAUUUUUGUCCCUCUGCCAAUUUUCCAGGUCACAGUUUGGCCCAAAGUGCCCCGGGUAUUCUAGGUUGCCAGCCCCACAGAGUGCCCAGCAGAGUCCCAGUGGUUUAACAUAGGCAAAGAGAGAAGAGGGGAGAUAAGGAGAGGAAUGAGCUUCUCUCGCGGACACACCCAAUGUUGAGAUGCCACUGGAUCUCUUGGCAGGCCAUUCACACUGGCAUCCUGGAGUCCCCACAGCAAAAGCCCGGUGUGUCUUGCUGACCUCUGUUUGGCCCCUCGUACUGUCACUCCAAUCCUUGUCCCCUUACUAGCUGGCAGCAGCGGUGUCCCUAAAGUGGGAUUUGUGCGGUGUCAGAUGGGAGGGUGAGACCCAGCGUGGCACUUAGGGGACGGACACAGCUGGCCACUCAGUAUUUUUGCACUGAGCUGUGCCACGGGAGAAUGGCUGGCAAACCCGAGGCACACGAUGAGGUGCAGCCCCCCUUGCCAGCAGGGGGUUAGCAGAGGGCAGCAGGCUCACCGGUGACUGCCUUGUUCCCAGUAACUCUUCUAAAGCAGCUCUCUGCAUCCCAAACCAAACUGGAGGCCCAUGCUAAAGCAAUAAGUUCACGUCCAUGCGAUGAACAUGCAGCUCGUUGUCUGGAGGAGGAAGAUGGGCGACCGCACAAGCUGAUGUGCCGAUAUGCAAACUAGCCGACGAGCUUUGCCAGGAGCUAUGGAAAGCAUCCAAUAAAGAUGAGCU